AUGCCCACAAUUGAGGGCUUAGAUGGGAGUUUGCAGGAUCAGGACAAGCGGAGGAAGGAUGGUGUUGUAUUCAAGUUUACGAAUUUCGAAUGCAAAAGUUACAACGAAUCGUGGUUCGUUUUUCACAAGUAUCGCCUCAAGGCUGUGGGUCGCGAUAAAGUUUUACUUAACGUAAAUGGAACAAUUCUUCAUCCAGCCUAUAAUAUUAGUGUUCAUGUGCAGAUUUUUAAGAAGGCAAACGGAUUUAAGCCUUGGUUAUAUAACUUUUAUAUUGAUGGCUGCCGAUUUAUAAGAAAACGUUACGAUCCAGUCGCUGUCAUUAUCUAUAAUAUUUUUAAGGAAUAUUCAAACAUCAAUCACACCUGUCCGUAUAUGGGCCUACAAGUUGUAAAAGAUUUUGUUUUAAGAACGGAACUAUUAACACUUCCCAUACCCACAGGAGACUACAAGUUGGCAAUAGGUUGGUACUUUGACCACAAGCUUCAGUUCGAUACAAAUGUCACCUUUACCUAUAGGGAAGAUCUUUUAAGAAGCAGUUAUAAGAGGCUUAAAUAA